UUCUCCUUCAAACAUAGUCAGAGAAAAAUAGCAACUCUUGUCUGAAAAAAAAAACUAGAGAGAGAGGGAGAUAAAGAAUGGAUCAAACGUCGGUGCUAAGCUCUCAAGAAUACCCAUACACGAUCCCAACCCAAAGCGAGUGCAUCAUCAUUUACCAGAUUGAUGGAUCAUCAUCAGGCGACGGAUCAAAGCAAGUGAAGCGGCGGAGGAAGAGGAGAAGCAAAGGGUCGUCAGCCACCAACGAAGAUGACGUAAGGGCGAUGGAAGGGAUGUUUAGGAAGAGGAAGUUGACCGAUGAGCAAGUGACUAUGCUUGAAUAUAGCUUCGAGAAUGAGCACAAGCUUGAGUCAGGGAGGAAAGAGAAGAUCGCAGGAGAGUUAGGUCUUGACCCGAGACAGGUGGCUGUAUGGUUCCAGAACCGCCGUGCAAGGUGGAAGAACAAGAAACUCGAAGAAGAGUACGCUAAACUCAAGAGCCAACACGAUUCAGUCGUCCUCGGCCAAUGUCAGCUCGAGUCUCAGGUGCUGAAACUGACAGAACAAUUGAGUGAAGCUCAGAAUGAGAUUCGGAAACUUUCAGAACGACUUGUUGUCCAAGAAACAUCAACAAACAGUUCAAGUUCAUCGCUUUCCGUUGAAGCCAAUGAUGCACCAAAUGAUUUCGAAUUUGCACCAACGGAUACUACCAAUUACAACAUUCCAUUAUACAUGUUGGAUAAUAAUUAUUAUUUACAAAACAUGGAGUAUUGGGAUGGUUUGUAUGAGCAAUUUUAACAGCUUAAGUAAUUUGAAGUCUAAAGGAUGAAAAAACAUGUACUAGAGUUAAUGUAAAAAAUAGAUG